AUGCGCGUGACGUUAUUCACAUGGCAUUGCGCGUGUGACAUCGUGCGCGUGGCAUUGCGCGCUUGUGCGCGCAACAUGAAGCGUGCAGUGUGGCUAGUGGAGGCAGAGGAACCGCCGUCCGACGCCCCUGAGAAGCAGCAGCUGGGUGCACGUGCACAACCGUGCGUCGCCCAUGCCCCCAUGGUACGACGAACCAUGACAAUGGACGAGGCAGUGCGCCUGGCAGAAGCAGAGGAGGCUGUCAUUCGCAAGAUGCUGCAGCCACUCAAGACCCUUGCACACAGCCGCCAGGUGCGAGCAGUGAUGCAUCUGGAGUGCAGCAGCGACCAUGAGAAGGCCCUGUGUGUGCGAGCAGUGAUGCAUCUGGAGCGCAGCAGCGACCAUGAGAAGGCCCUGUGUGACGCAGUCAAGCGGUUCUCCGCCUCCAGGGUCUACAUCGGGGUCAGAAAGAAGUUCCUGUGGUCGAACUCCCUCAGCAGCGCGCCGACAGCCUACUACGAGACGAAUCUCCCCGACGGCUGUGUGCUGGUGGUGGCGCAGGGGUCGCGGCGGGUGGCAGAGAUCCCCGUGCAUCCCAAAGGGCCCCUCCGCAGCCGCACCCUCAGCCGCUCCAAACGCUCCCAGGCUGGCUUUGAUCCGCCGCUCACGCCCACAGGCACUGCACCUGGUGCUGGUGCUGGUGCUGCUGCUGGUGGUGGUGUGGUAGGGGGGGGUGGGAGGGGCAGGGGCAGGGGACGAGGUGUGGGCAGGGGUGUGGGCAGGGGAAUGGAGAGGGGUGCAAGCAGGGGGUUUCCUCGCUCGGCAUCGUCGAAUGCUGCUUUGGAGGCGGGAAGCAGGGGUGGAGAGCGGUGGUCUGAUGCUGGUAGCAGCGCUCGUGCUGGUGCUGGUGCUGGUGCUGGUGCUGGUGCUGGUGCUGGUGCUGGUACUGGCACUGUUGCUGGCGUGGGUGCUGUGAUUGGUGGUGGUGUUGGGAGCAGCAGUGGUGGGCGGGGCGGGGUUGGCAGCAGAGGAGAGGGAGAGAGGAGGCGGGGGGAGAGAGAGGAGGUCCAGGCAGGAGAGCGAGAAAGCAGACCCCUGGCGGGCAGACUCAGGGUGAUUGUGCCGUCUACUAGAGAGGUGGACGGAUGGGGGGUACAAAUUCAGGGAGAGCAGACUCAGGUGGAGCAGCGACAGGGGGAGCAGCGACAGGGGGGGCAGCGACAGGGGGAGGAGAGUCAGGGGGGACUAGGGCUGGAGGCUGGGUCGGGGGAUGAGGAUGAUGAUGCACUGGCAGAGCUAGGAGAAGAAUGGAUCAGAAGCAGGAGGAGAGAGGCGCCAACGUCAGGUAGAACGCCAGGUGCUGCAUCAGGUGCUGCAUCCGAUGCUGCAUCAGGUGCGGCAUCAGGAGCAGUGGAUUCAAAGCGAGCAGGGCGCCAUCAGCGGAGCCACUCCAUGCACCUGCUGUCACCGCACCCCACAGCUCUCUUCUCCCCCUCACUCCCUCCCUCUCACCCCCGCCGCCUGUCCAUAUCAGACGCCCUAGAAGCAGAGGGCAGUGUGGGCCAAAAACGGGGCCCGGGGCGAGAGAGGAAGGUUAAACUGGAGGUCGAGGAGGUGGAUGAGGAGGAGGAGGAGGAAGAGGAGGAGGAGGAGGAGGAGGAGGGAGUGAUGGGACCCCAUGGUGGUAGGAGGAACCUUCCCAGUGAAUACCAUGACCAUGCCAGCCAGUUCGGCCCGUUGAGUGUGCGCGGCAACCCCACCACCCCACGCCUCUUCUCCCCAGAUGACUGGACAUUCCCUCUAAAUGAUGAUGCUUCUGAUGCCUCUGGUGCUUCUGGUGCCUCUGGUGCUACUUGGCCGUCCAGUGCUGCUGGUGCAUCUGGUACAUCAGCCCCCACGACUCCCAAGGGAGCGAGCAGAAACCCCAAGGGCGAGGGCAUGGCAGGGAGAGGCACAGGGAGAGCCGUUGGGAUGGUAGAAUCUGGAGGGAUUGCGAGGCAUGAUAGUGGGAGUGGGCGUGGGCGUGGGAGUGGGAACCGGGAUGGGAGUGGGAAUGCUGGUGGGGAGAAGAAGGAGGAAAGGCCAGGAGUACGCAUAGGAGCAGGUGCAGGAGCAGGUGCAGGAGCAGGUGCAGGAGCAGGAGCAGGUGCAGGUGCAGGUGCAGGUGCAGGUGCAGCUGCAGGUGCAGGAGCAGCGACAGGCACCGGCACAGGAGCAGGGGGGAGCGGGCAGGAGGCCAGGCGGGGGGCUUGGCGCAGCCGGUUUCGCAGUGCGAGUGUGAGCGAGGUGCCUCUCUCGCCCUCCCAGCUGCUCUCCCCCUCUGGCCUGCUCUCCCCCGAGCGCCCCUUCUCUGCUAUCUCCGCCUGGGAUGCCCUUCCUGUGCGCAUCGGGGGCAGUGCUGUGGAGACAGGGGGGAGGGUGAUGGAGGGCGAGGUGCUAAAGUCGCCGCGCAUGGGGGGCAGUGCUGUGGAGACAGGGGGGAGGGUGAUGGUUGAGUCGAUGCACAAGUCGGCUCGUGUAGGGGGCAGUGGCGCUGGUGCUGGUGGUGAUGGUGCUGCUGGUGCUGGUACUGCUGGUGCUGGUGCUGCUGGUGCUGGUGCUGCUGCUGCUGCUGCUGCUGCUGCUGCUGCUGCUGCUGCUGGUACUCACGGGGAUGCUGACGAGGAUGAGGAUGAGGAUGACGUGUUUGAACAGCUGAUGCGGCGCCAGCUGGACACAGUGUGCAGCAAGAACGACACCAACACAGGAUGGCAGGUGCAGCUGCUGCACAAUCACAGUGGCAGUAUGCAUGGUGAUGGUGAUAAAAUCAACAGUGCUAUAAUAAACGGUCAUAAUGCUACCCCCGGCAGCAGCAGUGCUCACCUGUCUCACCAGAUCUUCAACACCACACCUGCAGCCUCGGCAGCCACAGCCUCGGUGGCAGCCACAGGGCUAGGGCUGGGCAGAGCAGCAGCUAGAAUGCUCUUUCCCAAGUCUUCCAGUGGCGGCAGCCGCACGGGGCAAGAGGACACCACUCCCCAAAGCCCCCUGGCGUCCCCUCCCCCGUCGGAUCCUGAGGGUGAUGAGUAUCAACGGACACGAUCGCUCGGCACGUAUGAUUUUGUAAGGUAUAAGCAGAGCAGGAGCGCGAGCAGGAGGAGCAGCAGGGACUAUGGGGAAAGCAGUGGCAGUGGAGGCAGUCCCUCUCAGAAAUCUGCGAGCCUCCUUUCUCAUUCGUCCUCCGAUCUCCCCUUGCAACAAUCUGUGCCAUCAGUUCAGCAAUCUGUUUCAGAGAGGCCUAAAAAGUCGUCCCAUCAGCAGCCUCUGCUGCUGGAUGGAUCAGCGAAAGCGGCAGUCGCAAGCCAAUCUGCCAGGCACCCCGUCCCUCCUCGCUCUCCCUCUCGCCGCACCCCUCCUCCGCUCGUCCCCUCUACUGCUUCUGCUGCUGCUAACACGUCUCCACCCCGCUCUGCUCGAAGAAAUGCUGCUGUUCCCGCCUUCCCUCGAUCUGCUAGUGCGGGCAGCAGCAGCAGCAACAGGGAGAGCGGCAGAAGCCGAAGCAACGCAGGCAGCAAUUUCAUCAAUUACAGCAACAGCUACAGCAACAGCAGUGGCAGCAGGAUUGAAGGAUCAGAGCAUGCUGCUGCUGCUGCUGCUAUCGGUACUGGUGGAGUGGGGAGAGGGGCGAAAGAGGUGAUGGAGCCAGGGGAAGAAGAUAGAGGAGGAGCUUUACCAGUGGCAGCAGAAGCAGGUGUGACGAUGCUGCGAACCAAAUCCGGAGAGAUUUUAGGCCGCAACCAGCAGCAGCAGCAGCAGCAGCCGCAGCCGCAGAGGAGGGCUUUGGGGAGGUUUCCUGUGUGCCGCAUGGAGCAGCGGCAGCAACAGGUGAAGCUGGCUUGGGAUGACAUUCUGGGGGACGGGCCUGAUGCAGGACAGGCGCCAGCAGGGAGAGGUUCGCUUGUCCGCAAAGCGGUGAAGGCAGCAGGAGCCGCAGGAGCAGCAAAAGCAAGAGACGCAGCGGGAGCAGCAAGAGCAACACGAGCAGCAGGAGCAGAGAAAGGCAGAGGUGGGGAGACGGAGCACACAGCAUGGGCAAACGGCGCAGCAGCAGAGGAGUUUGAUUUCGGUGUGCCAGCAGAGACGGCAGGUGAGGUUGAAAGGCGCGAGUCUGUGGACCUGGCUAUGGGUGGCAAGCCAAUGCCCAGGGGUGGUGGCAGUGGCGGUGAUAGCGGUGGUGGUGGUGGUGGUGGUGGUGGUGGUUCAAGGCUCAAUCAGGGCAGCAACAAUGGCACCAUGCUGAGCUCAGGUACAGAUGAUGCAGCACGGGCAGCAGCAGCAGCAGCAGCAGCAGCAGCAGCAGGAGCAGGAGAAGCAGGAGGAGAAGAAGCCCAAAGUCCCGAGGAUCUAUCAGCGUCCAGCAUCCCUCACCACCUAUCGUCUCUUGUUCCCUGUCGGGUGUUCACUCUGCAGCAGCUAGCAGCAGCAACUGACGGCUUCAAUCCCUCUCGCCUGCUGGGCCGCAGCAGUGGGGGCAGCGCAGGGGGAAGUGUGUACCGAGGGGAGCUGCUGGGGCGCCCUGUGGCGAUCAAGCGGCUGCAGGGCCCGGGAAUUAGCCACAGGAGUCCGGGACCCUACUCCACGUCAGCUGCCACGUCAGCUGCCUCGUCAGCGGCCACGUCAGCAGAGGCUGAGGCGUUUUGGAGGGAGGUGGGGGUGCUGGCGAGUGUGCGGCACGCGCACGUGGUGGGCAUGGUGGGGUGCUGCCCUGAGGACUUCUCCCUUGUGUAUGAACUCAUGGUGGGAGGGUCUCUCUGGGACCGCCUACACCCACAGCUGCAGCAGCAGCUGCAGCAGAAAAGGCAACAGAAACAGCAGCAGCAAGAGCAUGAACAAGGGGCAGCCACCACCCCGCCUCCCUCCCCUCUCCCCGCUCCCCUCCCAUGGCACCAUCGCCUGUGCAUCGCCUCUGAAAUCGCCUCUGCGCUCCUCUUCCUACACUGCCACAGCCCCCCUAUCCUCCACUCCGACCUCAAACCCCAAAACAUCCUUCUCGACAGCCAUGGCGCCAGCAAACUUGCUGAUACAGGCCUGGCGGGGCUCAGUUUCUUCGGCUUGCUUCCGCAGAAUCACCUCGAGGUCACGUUCAAGGUGCAGGGGACGUUUGGGUUUUUCGAUCCGGAUGUUGUGGUUACCACCGGGGAGGUUACGGCAGCGAGUGAUGUGUAUGCUCUGGGCGUGGUGCUGCUGCUGCUGCUCACCGGGAUCGAAGAUGUGAAAGAGCGCCUUGACAAGCGGGCGGGCAGCUGGCCGAGAGAUUUGGCUGCCCGGGCUCUGCGAGUGGCGCUGCAGUGUGUGGAACGGCGCGGCGUGGAUCGGCCAGACCUGCAGACAGUGGUGCACCCGACCCUGGCUGCCAUUGCUAAAGAGGUGCGGGAGGUGCAGGCGCGGGAGGUGCAGGCUCGGGAGGAGGUGAAAAAGGGGGAGGGACUGCGGGAUCAGGAAGAAGAGGUGAAGCAGAGGCGGGAGGUGCAGGCAGGGCAGGAGUUGCAGCUAGAGAGUCGCUUCAUCUGCCCUCUCUCCCAUCAACGGCUGCACGAUCCUGUGGUGGCAGCAGGCGGGGUGACGUAUGAGGCGGCAAGUGAUAGAGGCGUGCAACGGCUGCACGAUCCUGUGGUGGCAGCAGGCAGGGUGACGUAUGAGGUGGCAAGUGAUAGAGGCGUGCAACAGCAACGGCUGCACGAUCCUGUGGUGGCAGCAGGCGGGGUGACGUAUGAGGCGGCAAGUGAUAGAGGCGUGGUUCUCACCACAUGUCAUUCCCGUCGCUCUUUCCGUCCUUCCUCCCCCCCCCUAUUCUCCCUCGCCUUUGCACCAACAGCAACGGCUGCACGAUCCUGUGGUGGCAGCAGGCGGGGUGACGUAUGA